UUUUAUGAACAUGCACUUUGUGUGCAUUCCUGAGCGAGGGCUGGAAAUGCACUGGGGACUCGAUCCUCACAACAAGCCUUCCCGGUGGGGUGUCUGCCUGAAGGAGCUGAGGCCCGGGGCAGCACCGCUGGCUGCAGUGGCUGGGGUUUGGGCCCCAGUCUGCCUCACCCCAAAGCUCUUGCCCAGUCUCCCUACCUGGCAGUGGGUGGGGCAGGGCCACUGUACCUUGGUGACAGUUCUGGACAAUCACAGAUCAUCCCUGGGGUGUCUCGGCAUCUCUGCUUCAGACAGACCUGCUGCCUGUCUCUCUGCCUUCCACACGCGCAUUUUAUCAUGAAGAUGUCAUCCUGUGCCCGGAUGCCUGGCAGCCGUGUCUCAGUGCCCUGCCGCUGCUGCUUCAUUCCAGGCUCUGUGCUGGGCUCACGUGCUGCAGCCUAAUCAGACAUGGCUCCUGGGGAGGGAGGCCACAAAGUGACCAUGAGGUGGACAUGCAGGACAGAGGUGAUCUUGAUCCUGACGAAGUAUUACCAUGCAGACAUGGGGAAGGUUCUGGAAAGUUCUCUGUGGCGGUCCUCAGACUUCGGCACGUCCUACACCAAGCUCACCCUCCAGCCGGGCGUCACCACCGUCAUCGACAACUUCUACAUUUGCCCGACCAACAAGAGGAAGAUCAUCCUGGUGGGUUCCUCGCUCAGCGACCGAGACCAGGGCCUGUUCCUCAGCACGGACGAGGGCGCCACCUUCCAGGGACAGCUCGUCCCCUUCGCUGUGGAAACGCUCAUUUUCCACCCCAAGGAGGAGGACAAGGUCCUGGCCUACACCAAGGACAGCAAGCUCUAUGUAUCAUCUAACCUGGGGAAGAAGUGGACGCUUCUGCAGGACAGAGUGACCAAAGACCACGUGUUCUGGGCUGUGUCUGGGAUGGACGCCGACUCUGACUUGGUCCACAUGGAAGCCCAGAACCUUGGAGGAGGUUUCCGGUAUGUCACCUGCCAGAUCCACAACUGCUCCGAUAAGGCGCUGACAGCUCCGUUCGCAGGCUCCAUUGCCCACGGCUCUCUGACCGUGCAGGACGAUUACAUCUUCCUCAAGGCAACCUCAACAAACAGGACCAAAUACUACGUCUCUUACCGUCGCAGCGAGUUCGUCCUGAUGAAGCUGCCAAAGUAUGCUUUGCCAAAGGACCUGCAGGUCAUCAGCACGGACGAGAGCCAGGUGUUCGUGGCGGUGCAGGAGUGGUACCAGGCAGACACCUACAACCUGUACCAGUCAGACCCGCGCGGCGUCUACUACGCACUGGUGCUGCAGGACGUGCGCAGCUCACGGCAGGCCGAGGGGAACGUGCUCAUCGACCUCCUCGAGGUCCGAGGGGUGAAAGGGGUCUUCUUGGCAAACCAAAAAGUGGAUGGGAAGGUGGUAACACUCAUAACCUACAACAAGGGCCGCGACUGGGACUAUCUGAAGCCACCCAGCGUGGAUAUGAAUGGAAAACCAACCAACUGUAAGCCUCCGGACUGCCACCUGCACCUCCACCUGCGCUGGGCAGACAACCCCUACGUGUCGGGCACUGUGCACACCAAGGACUCAGCUCCAGGCCUCAUCAUGGGCGCAGGCAACCUGGGCUCCCAGCUGGUGGAAUACAAAGAAGAAAUGUACAUCACCUCAGACUGCGGGCACACCUGGCGGCAGGUGUUCGAGGAGGAACACCACAUCCUCUACUUGGACCACGGCGGUGUGAUUGUGGCCAUCAAGGACACCUCCAUCCCCUUGAAGAUCCUCAAGUUCAGCGUGGACGAGGGCGUCACCUGGAGCACGCACAACUUCACCAGCACCUCCGUGUUCGUGGACGGGCUGCUGAGUGAGCCAGGGGAUGAGACGCUGGUCAUGACUGUCUUUGGCCACAUCAGCUUCCGCUCCGACUGGGAGCUGGUCAAGGUGGAUUUCCGGCCCUCCUUCUCCAGGCUGUGCACUGAAGAGGACUAUGGCUCUUGGGACCUCACUGACCUGCAGGGCGAGCGCUGCCUCAUGGGCCAGCAAAGGAGCUUCCGGAGGAGAAGACCGGCGGCCUGGUGCGUGAAGGGCCGGAGCUUCACUGCGGCACGCUCAGCCCGGGUGUGCAGGUGCCGCGACGCGGACUUUGUCUGUGACUACGGGUUUGAGCGUGCCCCCUCUUCGGAGUCUGACACCAAGUGCUUCACCAGCUUCUGGUUUAACCCCGUGUCCCCGCCUGCCGACUGUGUCCUGGGCCACACCUACAGCAGCAGUGUCGGGUACCGGAAGGUCGUGUCCAAUGUGUGUGAGGGCGGCGUCGACCUGCAGCAGAAGCCGGCACAGAUGCAGUGUCCCCUCACGCCACCCCGGGGCCUGCAGGUCAGCAUCCGCGGUGAGGCGGUGGCCGUGCGUCCUGGAGAGGACGUCCUGUUCGUGGUGCGGCAGGAGCAGGGGGAUGUCCUGACCACCGAGUACCAGGUGGAUCUCGGGGACGGCUUCAAGGCCAUGUACGUGAACCUCACGUUGACUGGGGAGCCCGUCCGGCAUCGCUACGAGAGCCCCGGCGUGUACCGCGUAUCCGUCAGGGCGGAGAACACGGCAGGGCACGACGAGGCGGUGCUCUUUGUCCAGGUCAACUCCCCCUUGCAGGCACUCUUUCUUGAAGUGGCCCCUGUCGUUGGCAUCAACCAGGAGGUGAACCUCACAGCCGUGCUGCUGCCCCUGAACCCCAACCUCACCGUCUUCUACUGGUGGAUCGGCCACAGCUUGCAGCCCCUGCUCACCCUGGAGAACUCUGUGACCACGCGGUUUGCAGACCCGGGGGACACGCGCGUGACGGUGCAGGCCGCCUGUGGGAAGUCGGUGCUGCAGGACUCCAAGGUGAUCCGCGUGCUGGAUCGAUUUCAGCUCAUGCCUCUGCAGUUUUCCAAGGACCUGGACGCGCACAACCCCAACACCCCCGAGUGGAGAGAGGACGUUGGCCUGGUAGUGACCCGGCUCCUCUCCAAGGAGACCAGCAUCCCCGAGGAGCUGCUGGUGACCGUGGUGAAGCCGGGGCUGCCCACCUUGGCCGACCUGCAUGUGCUCCCGCCCCCUCCCAGGCCCACAAGGAAGAGGAGCCCCCCCAGUGACCAGAGACUCAUGGCCGUCCAGCAGGUGCUGAACGCACAGAAGAUCGGCUUCCUCCUGCGAGGUGGGGUCCGGGUCCUGGUGGCUGUGAGGGACAUGCAAACAGAGUCUCGGAGGCCGGGAGGCGGCGGCUACUGGGCGGCGGCGGUGCUCUUGGCCAUCGGGCUCUGCGCAGCGGGAGCGUUCACCCUCUACAAAUUCAAAAGGAAACGCCCAGGCAGGACCGUGUAUGCCCAGAUGCACAACGAGAAGGAGCAGGAAAUGACCAGCCCCGUGAGCCACGGCCAGGGUGGCCAGGGCGCCGUCAGGGGUGAGGCGCUCAUAGAGGGCGAGCUCCACGCGCAGGCUCUAGCACCCACUUCCUGGAGGGCACGAAACCCCUCCUGCAUCCCCCUGCUGCUGAUGCCCGGCUCAGCCCCACUGCAGGGAAUCACUCCGGCGUGGUCCUGAGCAUCAACUCCCGCGAGAUGCACAGCUACCUGGUGAGCUGAUACCGCAGAGGCCCGCACCCGGAGCUCCGUCCCUGUUGUUUCUUCCCCAUGGAGGGCACAGAGCCACAAACGCGCCAGCACUGGUCCUGGGACCAGCGCCCCCUCAGAAUCCUGCGGAAAAGCCACUUCCUCCUGCCGCCCCCAUGCAGGGUGACAGACGCCCCCGGUCCGUCCAGCCCCCUCCCUGGACACAUGGUGCCGCCUGCUGUCCCCACUGCGACUCUGGGCACUUCUCCACCUCUGAGCCCCACGCUGCCGCGCUGGCUGCCUGCACCCCAUCACCCCAGCCUGAGGGCCAAGGCCUGCCCACCUGGGAUUGGGAGGCGGGGAGGUGAGCCCACCCGGGCGGCCGGAGCGUGCAGACCCCUCAGCCGCCCUGCUCCGUGGGCUCCUGUCUGCAUAGGGGCACUGGAGGCCUAUUUUCUUCCUCAGACCCACCCCAAAGGUGGCUCCUGGCUGCAUGGCUGUCCCUGUGCAGGGACAGAAUCCGGAAUCCAGAAAGCCUGUGACCCGGCCCCAGCCCUGUCCCAGGCCCUCCCAGCACCACACACAUGCCUCCCGCUGUCCCUCCUCUUUUUAAACUGCAGAUAAUGUGAAUACCUCCAGGUAGCUGUUUUCUUUUGGGGGAGUUCUGUUCAAUUUCUAUUUCUAUGGCCAGGUGGGAGCCCUCCGGGUGGCUUUGUCAGAGCCUAUUUUUGAAAAGCCCAUGUCCAGAUUGCCCUGGGCUGCCCGCUGCCUGUCCUGGCUCCAUGCCUCCCCGGGCCAGAGGGCCAGAGGUGCUCCCCGGGCCAGGGGCCCAGGGCCUGUGUUUUUGCAGCCAGCCAGCAGGUGGUGCCCUCCCACAGGUGCGCCCAGGGUCCCGCGCUUCCUUCUGGCCUGCGGUCCCCUGCAGAAACCCAGACCAGAGGAGGUUUAGGAUGGCAGAGCCAGAAAGAGGGGCCAUGCAGCAUGUGGCCCUCAUUUUGAAGAUGGAGAAAUGGAGGCCCCAAGAGGGGUACCCUUCCCAAGGUCACACAGCCGGGAGCAACUGUCUGCUCCCGUGCUGGACGAUUCCUCGCACUCAGAGAUACCUAGGAUCAGGGACGCUAGCCCGUGGGCACAGGAACCCGGGGAGAUUUUUCACCUUUUGCCUUGAAAGUCAGUACCCUUCCCCUUCCCCCCAUCCUCUCCCAAUCCACCCCCAAGCAGGUGGCCCAGGGCCUUUCCCUGGCAGGCGGGGAGCACAGAGCCCCAGGCUAGGAACUCACUGGCUGAUGGUGAGUCCAGAGUGAAGCCUAGGGGGCGUGAACCCAUCUCCUCCGGAAAUGAAACAUAACCUGCCAGAGGCGGAGGUCCAGGGAGGGUCCCCACACCCAGAACAAGCUCCUGACUCGCAGGAGCCCCUCAGUCGUUGGGGCGUGGAGGGGGCUUCCCUCCAAUCCUGCACCUUUGUGUCCCAAAUGGGGACUCUGAGACCACAGGGAAGAUGGGGAACAGUGGGUCACACAGCCAGGUGGUGAAGGUGUGCCUCUCUUCACCACCCUGCUCACCAGAGGGGCUGCAGGGUACUCCCCCCAACACAAAGACGGCCCCCUGCAAGUUCUUGACCUUCCGUGGGGAAGGGCUGGGGCUCAGGGACGCGCCAACAUGCAGCUGGUGAGGUGGGAAUGGGAAGAGGCUGGGAGUCCCUGGACCUCCGCUGCAAGCCCCCUGCCCCCAGCCUGCCUGCAGGCUCCAGAGACACCUUAGGGAGCUCUGUGACCUCCGUCCUCCCCCACCCAUCCCGUCCCACAAACGUCAGACACAGGGUCAGACACCUGUCAGCAGCGCCCAGGUCCAAGCCCGAGGUCGGCAUGGAUGCCCGGGACGAGCCCCUCCCAGCUCACCAGUGCCUGUGGGUGACCCCGCCAGCCUUGCUUGGCCACUCGACUUCAUUCCCCCUGCUCUUUGAGUGGGUUUCAUCCCUCAGUUAAUUGUGUUUUUUCUUGUAUUUCAUGCUGUUAUUUCUAUUAAGAGUAUUUUGAGUUUGUGGACCCUGGCACCUGGGACUAAGGUGGCAUCUGGUAUCACCUCAUCCUUUCCAUCCCCAUGACCUUAGAGCUGGGCACGUGGGUCUGGGUCUGGUCGCACAUCCGAGGCUCCGUACUUCCGACGUCCAGGUAUAUAUAGGAACCUGGGAUAAGAUGCAGUCUGCUGAGGGCAGCCGGCGAUCUGCGCCACCAGGCCGUGCCCGUUCUCGGUACAUGCACAUGACAAAGAUGCGAUAAAGUCUUUCUUAUUUUUCCUUUUUAAAAAUCAAUAAAUCAUUUGUGAUGCUUUUAACAAAGAUCACAUGAUAAUGA